AUGGCAGUGCAACCUCUCAGGGCAAUUGGUGGUGGAGGUAGAUAUGAGAUAAAAGAGGAAACUGAUAUCCAGGCUCGUAUGACUGCAUUAGCUAGGAGGGUAGAGGUUAUGGAGUUAGAGAAGGUGAAAGCAGUGAAAUCAGUUGAGCAACAACAGCCAGUGCAUAAUGUUUCAGGGGAUUCUAUUGAGACAGCAAAGGCCAUCAUUACUUUGAGAAGUGGGAAGGAAGUCCCCCGACCCGAGUUAUCUACUAAGAGUCAAACAGUUGCCUUGACACCGAAAGUUACAGUGGAGUCAGACGAGGCCCAAGAGAAACCAGAGGAAGUACGUCCAGAAUUGAAGAAGUCAGUUGAUGUGGAGGCUGAGACUAGUAAGGAGUACCGACUUGUGGUACCCUAUCCCCAAAGGUUGGUAGCUGGUCAAAAGAACAAAUAUCAUACUGAGAUUCAGGUGAUCUUCAAGCAGGUGAAAAUCAAUAUCCCACUUCUGGUUGCCAUUCAGCAGGUUCCUUCAUAUGCUAAAUUUUUAAAGGACUUGUGCACAGUGAAGAGGAAAUUGAAUGUAAAGAAGAAGGCUUUCUUUACAAAGCAGGUUAGUGCAUUGAUAUUGAGUGAAACUCCUCAGAAACUCAGAGAUCCUGGUUCUCCCACCAUCUCUAUUAUGAUCGGUGAAUCUCUCAUUAGGAGAGCUCUACUUGAUUUGGGGAGUAGUGUAAACUUGCUACCAUUCUCGAUAUAUGAGCAGUUGGGGUUAGGUGAGCUAAAGAAGACCUCUAUUGUUCUACACUUGGUUGAUAGAUCAAAGAAGCAACCUAUCUCUACCAUUUCCCAGGCACCUGUCAUACUUGGACGCCCAUUCCUUGCUACCUCCAAUGCAUUAAUCAAUUGCCGAAGUGGAGUGCUGAAGCUCACAUUUAGGAAUAUGACAUUGGAGAUGAACGUGUUCAAUGCUUGCAAGAUGCCUAGUGGUUGUGAUGACUCUGAGGUACGUGCAAUUGAUGUGAUAGAUGAUUUUGAUAUUUCAAAGUUGUUAUUAGUGUUUGGUUCUGACUGUGCAUUUGAGAAUGAUUCUCUCGAGCAACCUAAUGUUUUUGAUGAGAAGGGGUAG